AAGUUUCUGCCACGGUAUUGUUUCGAUAGUACCAGCUGUCACCACGUAGACAUACCCAUCCCAAUUGUAGGCUGAGUGCUCACACUGGAUUCAACGCCAGAUGUGCUACCGGAUGCUUACACAGUAUACUAGCAUAGACGAGCAAUAUAUGCAAUGGUGCAGAUAAUUUGUCAGCCCACGUUAUUUCACUACUAUUACUAAAGAUGACGAAAAAAAAAGGAGCUAUUGGGCGACUCAACCAUAAACUAGCGGUUUCAAGCUGCUUGCAGCUGAAUGGCUGGGAUAAGCGAGAGAACGACGAUAAAAAUACUACUGAUCUGAACAAAGCAAUCCAUCGAGUAAGAGCGAAUGAUGCAAAUGCCGCUGAUUCAAACUCAUUCUUUCAGCUCUACGGCGGGUAAUCAUUAGACGGCUACUGGUAAAUGUCUUCCCAUUAAGAAAGCCGGCUGAUGACAUGCAACAUAAAUCGGUGCUUUUCGCCUGAUCAUACAGUCGCUGAAAUCGUACCAUACGCACAGGGCGAACAAGAGACGGCGCGAAUACUGGAGAGGCUGACGACCGUCAAUCAUGAUCAAAAUAGCAAUAAUGAGGGAAACAAAGGCAUUCGCAGGACUAGCAACACCGAUUCCAAUAGCUAUUUCGUUGACAUACCAUCAGUGUCUUUGAGCAAAGUAGGCGUCAUCUCCCGACGCGAAAAAGAAGCCAGGUCAAGGUCAGGGGGUUUGAUCCAAGGUUGGUGUCCCACGAGCGGUACGUCAUGGCCGAGCGUGGAUUUGGAAGGGCUUCACAUACAAGAAGGCGUAUUCAAACCAGCCGACUACGCCGAGGAAGAGGAAGAAUUGCAGGACGCCGACCACGAAUCCAUUAUAUCAGAUCACUUAACAGUUUUUGCUGAAUCGUAAUUUUAUUUGUCAUCUUGAAUAAUAAUUAUCAUAAUAAAACGUGGCCUGGA